CCAAAAUUCCUGAAUUUGGUCCCAUCUUGUGUUCAUUCAAAACUUCACAAUAUGCCAGAUAAUGAACAUUCUGUUGAGGUAACUCAGUCUGGCGUAUUGCCGCUUGCCAAACUCAAGCGUUGGCAAUGGUGGGUUCUCGUCGCCUUCAACAUAUUUUUUCUAGUUAUUGGUCAAAUCGUCGCAGUUCUUCUGGGCCGAUUUUAUUACGACCAAGGUGGAAAUAGUAAAUGGAUGGCUACACUAGUUCAAACUAUAGGGUUUCCUAUCCUUUUCAUUCCGUACAUUCUGUUUCCUUCGAUAAGUACAUCAUCAACUAGACCCGCCACAUCCGUCUCACUACCCGUUAUUCUCUCGCUCUAUGUAGUCAUUGGCGCUCUAAUAGCCGGUGACAAUAUGCUAUACUCCGUUGGGUUACUCUAUCUUUCAGCCUCUACUUACUCCCUCAUAUGCGCCACUCAGUUAGCCUUCAACGCAGUCUUUUCAUUUUUCAUAAAUUCCCAGAAAUUUACCGCUUUAAUUUUCAAUUCUGUGGUGGUUCUUUCGUUAUCCGCCUCUCUGCUAGCUGUCAAUGAUGACUCAGAUAAGCCGUCGGGUGUGUCAAACAGGAAUUACGUCCUUGGUUUUGUGGCUACACUUAGUGCGUCUGCUCUUUACGCACUUUUACUUUCGGUUAUGCAACUUUCAUUCCAAAAGCUUAUAAAAAAAGAAACGUUUUCCGUGGUUCUCGAGCUUCAAAUCUACACUUCGUUCUUCGCCACUUGUGUUUCCACCAUUGGCCUUUUUGCUAGCGGCGAGUGGCGCACUUUGGGUGGUGAAAUGCACAGUUUUGGUAAAGGGGGUCUCGCUUAUGUGAUGACGUUGGUUUGGACCGCUGUGGCUUGGCAGGUGUGCUCGGUUGGUGUUGUUGGGCUGAUUUUUGUGGUGUCGUCUUUGUUCUCAAAUGUGAUUAGUACUUUGUCGUUGGCGCUGACUCCAUUGGCCGCGCUAGUGGUGUUUCAUGACAAAAUGAACGCUGUAAAGAUAAUUGCGAUGCUAAUGGGCUUGUGGGGUUUUAGUACUUACAUUUAUCAGAAUUAUCUUGAUGAUCUUAAGGCGAAGAGAGGACAUUCGGAUGCUACCGGUAUGCAACUCCAAUCUUUAAGUUGAAGUUUUCUUUUUUUUUUUUUUUUAAAAAAAAAAGACAUCUAACUGUUAGUAAGUAUGCUGUUAAAGAUUGAGAUUUAUGAAAAUUUAUUCAUAGAGGGUUUAAUGUAUGGAUUUGAUCAUGUGAUUGUAGUAAGUCUUUCUUGUGGUU